AUGUCGUGUCCGUGAAGGAGCCGAGUGUCUACUUCUCAGGCAGGAUGGAGAUGAUGAAGCCAGAAGUCAAAAAGAAACCGCCCAAAACUCUGCCCAAACCGUCUGAGUUUAAGAGAAAUGACGCAGAGAGACCGACUCCUCAGGUGCCUCAGCGACCGGCAGAUGACGAGCUGAGUCACACACAAUACAGGGUGAAAAAUGCAGCAAAAGCGUAUAAUGAGGCAAAUGGAAACCUGACACAAAGAGAGACAAGAGAGAAGCAGUCUGAAACGCCCGAGGUUCCACCCAGACCCGCAGAAAAUAGAAAUCAGAACGCCCUGUCUGGACUGUUUAAGAGGAGCCAAAAAGAGAGGCCACCUUCAUUCACUACAUACGUGACCCACGACUUGGACAAAGAGGAAAAAACUGAUGAUGCCCCGCCUAAGCAGGCUCCGGCAAGCAAACAGGGCGGUCUGAAGGAAAUAAUGAAAGGGUUACAAAUCAAGUCGUCCCCAAAGACAAGCAGAGAGCCGAGUCCGGAUCAAAGCGGAGCGGAGGGCCGAUCAGAGAAGGACGAGCCUGCAGAGAAAAACAAGCAGGAAAAGAGUUCAGAACCAAAACAGGAUAUCGGAGCUCUGUUCACUGGAAUGUUUCGGAAAUCUCCCAAAGAGAGGCCUGCUUCUCCUACUCUGAAGGUCAGCAAAACAGACAGUGAUGCUGAAGAUGCAGAGGAAGGCGAGGAGAAAAGCUCUGAACAAUCCAAUGAAAAGGGGAGCUUCUUCUCUGCCAUCCUUAAAAAACCUGCCAAAUCAACAGAUGAUAAAGAGCGUCUGAGUGCUCAGAGUGAGCUGUCGGCCAGCAAUGACAGUCUGUCCGAAAACAAGGACAAAGGAGGAAUAUUCAGUGGGAUGUUUAAGAAGAAACCAUCAGAAGCUGCUCCAGCUGAAGAGGACCGAAAGUCUCUACAUGAUGAUCUGUCAGGCAGUAGCGAUAAUCUGUCUGAGAACUCCAAGGAGAAAAAAGGAGGCCUGGGUGGCAUCUUCAAAAGAUCAGCCAGCAUUGACAACCUGUUUGACGAGGAGAAGGGCGGGCUGUUUAGCGGACUUCGCAAGAAAACACCCAAAGCGUCUGGAGACGAUGCAGCAGCAGAGGAUGAGCAGAAGGAGCUGACAGCGAGUACGGACAGUCUGUCUGAAAACGGAAAAACAAAGGAGAAAAGUAUUUUCAGCGGCAUGUUUAAGAAAACUCCAAAAGCAGCAGCAGAGGGGAAUACAACAGAUGAUGAGUUAGACCCAGCCGAGGACAACAGGUUAUCUGCCAGCUGUGAAAAUCUGUUAGAAGCAUCAACAUCAAAGGAAAAGUCUGGAGGACUGGGAGGGAUCUUCAGAAGGUCUCCAAAACCAUCUCCAAAACCAUCUCCUCGCUCCAUCACUUCUAAGGAUCCUCUCACAGCCAGCUGCGACAGCCUCACAGACGCAGCAGAGGGGGAUCUCGAUGAACUGACAGCAAGUAACGAUAAUCUAUCUGACACCACAGGAACAUCUAAAGAGAGAAAAGGAGGCUUUGCUGGGAGGUUCAGAAGGAACAAACCCCUGGAACAUCAGGAAAGUGAGGACUUGGAGGCACCAGCGGAAGGCGGGCUGAGACGCAGGAGAACCAUCAAGAAAAAGAGACGAGUUACAUCAUUCAGAAUCAAGAAAACUUCCAAAGUACCCAACCUUGGUACACAGAGUUCAGACAAGAUGCCUGCUAUCGAGGAGAUAGUGGAGAUGCAGGACCUGAACUCAGCACAGGAGAGCUCAGUAGAAGUCCAGCCUGUAGAGAUGGCCGCUUACCCCACUGAAGCCAACCCUCUAGUUACCGAGGAGCAAGACGAGCUGAUUGAAUGGUGGAACACAGUCAAAGGUUGGGUAGAGUGGAACGAAACAUCCGAUUUCCAGGGGGAGGAUGGGGAAGCGGCGAUGGAGCAGGCAGCUGACCGUGUCUACAUGGCGGCCCGUCUGUUCGUGCGUCUUUUCAACCAGCGGGGGGCGUCCUUGCAGCAUCGCAUCCUGGAGCUUUUGGCUCUGGCCGACGCUGCGGAUCUAUUCCACAAGAAAACCGUGUCGGUCGCCGUGGGCGGAGGCGUGGCUAGCGUUUGCGGGAGCGUGGCUACGAUCACGGGGCUCAUCCUGGCACCGUUCACUUUUGGAGCCUCUAUCAUUGUCACGGCGGUGGGGAUCGGGGUAGCUACGGCAGGCAGCAUCACCUCGGCCUCGGCAAACAUCACAGACACGGUUCACUCUAACAUGGACCGCAAGAAGCUGGAGAAGAUGAUCCAGGACUACCAGGAGGAAAUCAAAGACAUCAGGGAGGUCAUGGAGUUUGUACAGACUGGUAUGGACACCCUGCAGGAGUGGGACUUUGAGAAGUACUCAGAGAGCGCUGCCAAAAAAGCAAUGAACCACAAUCUAAAGCAUGUGAUGAAGGAGGGUGGCCGUGCAGGAAAAGCUCUUAUGAUCAACACUGAUAAGCUCAUCAGCACGGUGCAGGUUUUAGGCGCCGCAGGCGGUGCUGCCAAAGCCGCCCAGGCCAUCAGCGUCACCACAGGGGUCAUGUCCGCUCUUUUCCUGGCUCUGGAUGUUUUCUUCCUGGCCAAAGACUCCCACGACCUGCGCAAAGGAGCCAAAACUAAGUUUGCUAAAAAGAUCAGGGACGUGUGUACAGAACUUCAGGACGGCUUGCUGGCGCUGAACAAAGUGAAGACGCAGCUGCAGAAGACCAUGGAAGGCAUCGAGGUGGAGGAGUAUGAGGAUUUUGAGGAGGUGGAGGUAGAGGUCGACGAUGACUUUGAGUCAGAUCCAAAAAAGCUGGCUGAGCUGGAGAAGGAGCUGGACCUCCUGGAGGAGAAACUGGACAAGAAGGCUGAGGAGGAGCAGAAGAGGAAGAAGGAGGAGGAGGAGCUGAAGAGGAAGAAGGAGGAGGAGGAGCUGAAGAAGAAGAAGGAGGAGGAGGAGCUGAAGAGGAAGAAGGAGGAGGAGGAGGAGGAGAAGCGCAUGAAGGAAAAGGAGAAAGAGGACAUUUCUGACAAGGAAGAAGAGCAGGAAAAUGAGACUGUUAAAGACGAAGUCUCCAAAGAAGAAUCUGAGAAAGGAAAGAAGAAGGACAAAGAAAGUGAGAACUGGAUUACAGCAGCCAAAGAAAAACUCGAGAGCAAGCGAGACAAGAAAAAAGAAGACAAACAGAAAGAGAAAAAUAAAUCUGGAAAAGAGCAGAAGGAAGCUAAGAGCAGGUCAGGUGAUUCCCAACAAGAGGAUCGGAGUGAAAAAGUGCAAUCUGAGAGGGUCAUGACGGGAAGAGAGAGUGAGAGGAGCAGGAGCCACAGAGAGGAGGAAAAAGAGAUGAAACCUGAAUGGAAAUCUGUGAAUAAAGAGAGAGAGACUGAAGGUGGGAGUACAGCGAGGAGGCGCGGCAGCAGGAGCGACCAAGACAAACCCAACUGGAGAGAGAGCAAACACCAAGCCAAAGAGUCAGAUAGCAGCAGCAACAGUGGGCGAGUAAAAGAAAGUGACAGGAUGGAGAGCUGGAGGAGGACUGAAGAGGAGAGAGGAGUGAAAGACUGGAGGGCUGAGAUGGCAAAAAGAGAGGAGAAGAGCAGGGAAGGAAAAGAAUCUAGAAGAGAGGAUGAAGGAAAGGGCGACGUGAAGAGAGAGUCGCAUCGAAGCCACGAGACCGCGUCGUCGAGGAGGGAGCACUCGGAGAGAGAGUGGGGGAGCAGCAGAGGGUCUGACUCCAAGAGGAGUCACCACAGGAGAGGAUCAGACGACCAGAAGGAGAGGGGAGACGAGAAACGAGAGAGCAGGAUGGAGAGUGCGAGGAAGAAGUUUGAGAGAGCAGAGGGUGAAAGGGGGGGCGAGGAGAAGGAGGAGGAGGAGGAGGACAGAGUGAAGAGGAGAGAGGACAGGGAGAGGAGAGGGAGUGACAGAGCGCACAGACACAGCCACCGAGGAUCUCGAUCCCGAGCCAACGCACUGCUGGAAGACGGACUCAACAUUUAGUUACAUUACAACACUAAGAAGUUAAGAUGCAUGAUAGAGAGCUGCAGAAAUAUAUCAACCAGAAUCUUUUUGGUUCCCUCCUCCCAAUCAGUGGGUUUUUUGUAAGAUACACUUUUGUUCUACAACAUCAAAUAUAAGGUGAAUACCCAGAUUGUGAAUUUUGAAGACGAGGGUUGUGCCAACAUCUUCACAACAUACACAUUUGUUUUGAUUAAGGAUAUUUAACUGGAAUUACUGAAAUGCGGAGAAUUGAAGCAGUAGCUGUAGAAGCUACAAACUGGAGCACUGUGUUCUCUCUGCAAAGCUACGUAGGGGACCAAUCACAGCUGAUGCAAUCCUCACUGCUACAAAAGUAGAGUUUCAUGUCUGCAUGAAACUGCAUGUUGAAGGGAAACGGUCAUGGUGUGAUUUAAAGCCUGCACUAAAAUGUUCCUAUGUGAGGAUUAUUAUACUGAACAAAUCAUUCUAGCAUUGUUUUCUUUUUUUUUUUUUUUGAAACAGAGUUUAUGUUCUGCAGUUUUAUAAAAUCUCUUUUUUUUUUUUUCAAUUUUUUUUUUCAAUUCUCAUGUCAAGGUCAAAAAAAGCAUCAUUUCUGCAGCACUUUACGAGGGAGACCUCAUGCAAAAACAGCCAAUCAAAUCAUGCAUAGAGCAGGGUCUUUUUCAGAACUACCACUACAAAUGUGUAUUCAAUAGGACCCUUCUUUUAACCCCUGAAAGCUGAAACUGUAAAUGAUCUUCCAAACACUGUUUUCAGGAAGAGGCUGCUCGUAUGCUGUCAGUGCUUUACAAUAGAAUAUAUACUGAACUGUUACAUGUGUUUGUGAAACAUACUUUCUAAAUGGUGUCUGUUACUGUAGUAAUGCUGGUGUUUCAGGGUCAAACUGGAUGGACUGUUAAAAUCCAUAUGGUUUCUUUAUUACAGACAUAAUGGUUGAGUUUUGUUGUUGUGUAGUCAGUGAUGCUUUAAUAUCACUUUAAGAACAACGUUCUUCUUUUGUGUGUGCGCACAUGAAGGAGAAAAAGGGAAUUUAACCGGUCGUACAAAAACGUUCCAGGAAAUGUACCUUGUUCAAACUACCUGUUACAGAUAAUUUAACACUCUGUGCACUUUAACCGGUAGCUUUCUUACACCAUUGCUUUAUGUUUCUGGAUGACUCUGUCUGUCUGUCUGAUAUUUUUAUACUUUCAGUGUAUGUAUUUUUAUAUAUUAAGGGUUUUUUUCUAUGGUGUUGGUUUCUUAUUGAACAAAUAAAUUAUUAGAAUAAUUGA